AUGGGGGCCACGGCACAGAAUGGCGUCGGCCGACGUGGAGUUCUCAUUGUUUUUGAAGGUGAUUUGUUGAACUAGUCGGUUCAGAACUGCUCAGAAAAGGAUUUUUUGAGUUCUGUUCGAAAAUAUGUGUAGUUUGAUGUCGUUUUAUGAGGAUCCUCCUAGAAAAACUACGAGAAAGAUCUUUUGAACAAUUUUUUUGGUCUCUUUUUACAAGAAGAUAGGCUUUUUGUAUUGGCUUUUAAGAAAUCUUAUGGCGUUCUUCUCGGCUUCCUUCUUUCAACCUUUCUCGCGUUCUUGAAUGCGAUCUUCAGAAGUUCUUAAUGUGAAAAUAGACAAAACUAAAAUCCUCUCUCAGUGUUUUAUCGGGUUCUGUGCCUUUGAAAAACCUACCGAGCAGUUUUGAGCCCACUUUAUACCUUUUUUUGAGUUUUCAUGGAAUCCAAUUAGUUUAAGGCCUCGACCGCAGUGGAAAAUCAACCCAAGCUCGUCGACUCCUCGAUUUUAUAAAUAAAGAAAAAGGCCAAGGCGAUUCUUCCAGUCCGGCUGCCAUUUUGCAGGCGUUUCCUGGUGAAAAAAUCAUUGGAUUUAAAUGAUUUUCUUGAUUCUUCAGACAGAAAAGAGCCCUUUGGACAAGUUAUCGACAAGUAUUUACGGAAGGAAAUCGAUCUUUGUGAACGGGCCCUUCAUUUGGCUUUUUCCGCGAAUCGAUGGGAGAAGGUUGGAUUUUUCGAUUAAAUAUAUCUGAAUAAAAAAAGUUUGAAUUCAGAACUUAUCUGUUUCUUGUUUAUUUGUGAAGAGUUUCAAAGCUCUAAAUUUCCCUGUAUGUCGUGUUUGAAAGUAAUUUUUUUGAAGGCUGCAGUAUAACCAAAAUGUAGAACGUGAAUUCGAAAAAAAUAAUCUUUCAAACAAUCGUUACAAACGAAAGAGGAUAGAAAAAAACUGAAAAAGAUUUUAAUCUGGCGUAAAGUUUGAAUGUUUCAAAAAAGUUGAAUGUUACAAAAACCAGAUUUUGACGGCCCAAAAUGAAAGAUUUCGUGUUUUUCAUUAACUUUUAUGUCAACCGUUUUAACUUGAGCUGAAAUGUAAAUAUGUUAUGUGUGUUCAUUAAGAUUUGAUAGCAUUAUUAGGCGGAAAAAGGAAAAAAAUUCAGAAUUUUUUUAAAAACUGACUUUUUGAAAUUUUCAUACUAUGAAGAAAUACGCUUUUUUUCAACCGUUACCUCAUGAGAAAUGUGUUAAGAGUGGAACCAAAGAGGCAAAAAGUUUGCCAGGGACGGGAUUCGAACCCGCGAAGGAUUAAUCCGUAUGAACAUAAGUCAUAUGCCGUUGACCACUUGGCUACCCUGGCCCAUCAACUAAGUUUCUUAUGCAGUAUCCGUCCUUGUGUGACGGCUGGGGAUUUUGAAGUCGUGGUUUCCCACUACCAACAUUUCUUAAACCCCUUGGUUGGGUCGGGGAUCGAACUUGUGACCCUGUGGACCGUAGACAGGCACACAACCUGUUGCGCUCCGGUGCGCCCAAGUAUGUGUAUGGGCAGUGUAUCAUAUAUUAUACCUUUCCUCAAGCUCCAAUAUUUCAUCCUCAUUUGUUUGCCAUGAGAGGCGGCGCCUGUGGCACCCGCCUUAUCUAUUGAUUUCUAUCUCACUCUGGCAUAAUUCAAGAACACCGAGCACUACGUGAUCUGAGCCGAGUUUGCACUAAAGUACUUUGAGAUGAGGAAACAUUUCCGUCGUCAAAGUCUCUUUUAUUCGAAGUCUGAGUUAUAAGAAGUUUUCACGCUGUAAGUUGAAGAAAAAAGGGUUAGAUUGAAAAAAUGGAGGUCGAAUGUGAAGACUUUCAUCUCAUUUUCUAGGUUUUCCAGAUUUUUUUAAUGAAAAGUUUCUUUCAAUUUAAAAAACUGAGUUAUUUUCGAAAUAACAGUUUUACAAUGUUAUCGCUCAAACUUGGAAUAGCUUGUUUUUUUACGAGUUUUUUUAGAACUGCUUUAAUUUCAAUUAACAUUGUAGCGCAUAAUUAGUUUCGAUAUGAAUCAGAAGAUUUUGGAUAUAUUCCCUUAAUUUAAAGGUUUUGGUGCUAAAAACAAACCUUUUCAAAAAAACAAAUUUCAAACUUUUUGUUUCAUUAAUUUUUUUAAUUUUUUUACCCUAAAAUUUGUUAAUAACAUUAUUAUCACUUUAACUAUACUUUUUACCUGAAUGAUUAUUAACAAAAAGUUUAAAAAAAUUUAAAAAAAUUGUGGAAACAAGAUUUUUUUGAUUUUAAGAAUCUCUAAUAGAAAUUACAUAAAAAGUUCUACGAUUGUAUAUACGAAUAUAUUAAAAAAAUAAGAUGAAGCUUUGUAAGGCAUUAUGAUCAAAAAUAGUCAGUCCACGUUAAAAAAAUUUUUUUAUUAAUAUUUUCAAAAUCUUAAUUAAAUUCAAAAUUAAAUUUUUCUUUAUUUUUUUCUAGAAAAUGUCAAAAAAAGCGAACUAGCCGCUUAAAUAAGUGGCGACCCGAAAAUUGGGCAAUCAGGGACUUACCAAAAAUUUCAGACCGGCGCCAGGGUAGCCAAGUGGUCAACGGCAUAUGACUUAUGUUCAUACGGAUUAAUCCUUCGCGGGUUCGAAUCCCGUCCCUGGCAAACCAUUUUUUUGCCGUUUUUUUCAAAUUUUUUUAUUUUUUUAAUUUUUUUAGAAUUUUUCAAUUUCUUUUUUUGUUGUUUUUGUUUUAGUCUCCGUCAUAAUUUUAAAUUCUCAAAAAAAUAUCUUAUUGGAAAAAUCAGUUCAUUUUUAAUAUCUUCAUAAUUUUAAAAAAAUUCAAAAAAAGCCAAACUUGGUAAAGGGAGUUAAUUUUUUUCAUUGCAAACGUUAUUAUUUAUUUAUUUUUUUGCUUUUUUUCGCAAAAACUAUAUUGAAAUUUUGAUUUUGAGAAAUUUUUUUAAAAAAAUCUUUCAAGAUCUUUCACUCUGAGAAUUGAAGUUUGGGUUAAAAAAAUGAUUAAUUGGUUUUUAAUAAGCUCUCAAUAAAGGGGAAAUCAAAUUUUAAGACUAUUUCGAAUAUUUUAUUAAAAUCAGUUUUGUUACAGGAAUCUCUGAUUCGCGAGAAAAAUCGCCGCCGGCGUCGACGUGAUUUGCGAUCGUUAUGUCUACAGCGGCGUCGCCUAUUCAAUGGCUAA